AUGAAACAGUCAAUCCAUUUGGUGGUUUCGGCUCAUCAGGAAACGGAACGCGUAUCGGUGGUCCUGCCAAUGCCGAUGAAUUUACCCAAUGGCAGAAGUAAUCGUAUGAACGAAAUGAAAGAAAUUAUUGCCGCAGUGACGGCAUGUAAAGGUGCAGACUUUGAAUUGCAAGCGCUUAAAAUCCGUCAGCCUCAAGGCGAUGAAGUACUGGUGAAAGUGGUGGCUACAGGUAUGUGUCAUACCGACUUAAUUGUCCGCGAUCAAUAUUAUCCUGUACCACUGCCUGCUGUUCUUGGUCAUGAGGGCGCAGGGAUUAUUGAGGCGAUUGGCCCGAAUGUCACAGACCUGCAAGUGGGUGAUCAUGUGGUGUUGAGUUAUGGCUAUUGUGGUAAAUGUACUCAGUGUAAUACGGGCAACCCUGCUUAUUGCGCAGAGUUCUUUGGUCGCAACUUCAGUGGUGCUGACCUAGACGGACACAGUGCAAUUUGUACGCAUGAUCAUGCCGUCGUACAUGAUCAUUUUUUUGCUCAGUCUUCCUUUGCGACUUAUGCGUUAAGCCGUGAAAAUAAUGCAGUGAAGGUCACUAAAGAGGUUCCACUUGAACUACUUGGGCCUUUAGGCUGUGGUAUCCAAACAGGUGCGGGCGCAUGUAUCAAUGCCCUCAAAGUAACACCUGCGAGUAGCUUUGUGACAUGGGGCGCCGGUGCAGUAGGUCUAAGCGCUUUGCUUGCAGCAAAAGUCUGUGGUGCUGCAACGAUUAUUGCUGUCGACAUUGUCGAAUCACGUUUGGAGCUGGCUAAACAAUUGGGUGCAACCCAUGUGAUUAAUAGCAAAACGCAAGAUCCUGUGGCGGUGAUCAAAGAGAUUACAGGCGGUGGAAUCAACUUCGCGCUUGAGUCUACUGGGCGACCUGAAAUCUUAAAACAGGGCAUAGAUGCACUCGGGAUUUUAGGCAAAAUUGCAGUGGUUGGUGCGCCACCUUUAGGCACUACCGCUCAGUUUGAUGUGAAUGAUUUAUUGUUGGGUGGAAAAACCAUUUUGGGUGUGGUUGAAGGCAGUGGCGCACCGAAGAAAUUUAUUCCUGAGUUAGUCACGCUGUAUCAACAA